UAGAAAAAUAGAUAAGAAAACAUUUCUGGUCACCAAGAGGUGUAAUGUAGAAAUAUAUAAUAACUCAAUGAUCGCUCGAGGCAGGCCCUGACAUUGCCAAGAUGUACAAGUGUGACACACAAACUUGCUGUAGACUUGACCAAUCAGCACAGGUGCUCUGUAGUACAUAGCAACCCACCAUGGUUACAGUGUGUGUCAACAUGUGUAGUUACUAGGGUGGAGGAAAUAAAAGACCACCAAGCUCCACCCCAAAGCCAGUCAGCGCCGGGCGACAUCAAGCAAGAGAAAGACAAGGACAAUGCAGGCGAUACUCCUAGUGACUGUCUUCUCCUGUCUCCUUGCGGCUGCUCAGGGAGCUGGAGCUGGAGAGGCCUGCGACGCUACAAAUACUUGCGCUGAUACUAACUCCGCCUGUGUAGCAUCCAAGUGUGCCUGCAAUGAUGGCUACACUCAGUCUGGCACAACUUGCAAUAAAACACCUCAGGCAGCUGGACCUGGAGCUGGAGAGGCCUGCGACGCUACACACAAGUGCGCUGAUGCCAACGCCGCCUGCGUAGCAGCCAAGUGUGCGUGCAAUGAUGGCUACACUCAGUCUGGAAAAACUUGCAGUAAAACUCAGGCAGCUGGACCUGGAGUUGGAGAGGCCUGCGACUCUACACACACGUGCGCUGAUGCUAACUCCAACUGUGUAGCAGCCAAGUGUGCGUGCAAUGAUGGCUACAUUCAGUCUGGAAAAACUUGCAGUAAAAACGGAGGUGGUCGCCUUUCUGUUUCCUCUUGGUUCCUCGCUGGAAGUCUCAUCAUGCUUUUGAUGGCACUGAGUCUGCCAUAAGAUACUGUCUGACCUGCUACUGAGACCCACCGAAACUGGACUUGAUAUCAUCUUUGACUGAAAUGUUAUUAUAAUCUUUUAAUUUUUUUCAGUAGAGGAAUUAGUAAAACAAAUUUAAAGUUGCAUGCCAAAACAAAAUUGCUUUUAAAAUGAAUUCUGAGAUGCAUUCAAAAGAAAACGAAGGAAAAAGCAUUUCAAGUAGAUUUUGAACAAAGAAGUAAAACUAUCGGAAAGACGUUUGCGAACAUAAAAGAAAAAAAAAUAGCAUAAAGUAAAAGACCUUGACCAGCCAUAUUAUAUAUUGGAGAAUAAAGCCUACAGCACGCAGUUGUUGUUGUAUAAAAUUAAAGUCGGACUAAAGCUCCAUUAGUUUCUCUAACAUUUGAAGUAAGCACUUUUUACCGUAUCCUGCACAAAAUUAUUGUUUAUAUGAAAAUAAUCAGACAAAAUGUUUUCUAUGAUUAUUUUUUUCAAUAUCUGGGCUUUGCAACUUUUGAUACUUCGAGUUAAAAUUAGUAAGUUUCAUUUGAUGAACAAAUCAAGAUCGGUACUGAGUCCUUGGGGUAGAAUUUCUUCUUCAUUGAGGUACUAAGUGAUGUGCACUUUUUUUCAUUUUCAGUGUUUUAAUCUUUAUCUCUGUUUUUAUUUUUUAUCUCCUACUUGCUGUCUUUCUUUCUUUCCUUCUUUUUGACUCUCUCUCUUUCUCUCUCGCAUGUUCACAGUAUGAACCUGACGGUAAUCGCCAGGUGAAAGUUCAAGUCCCUCACUGAAAAAAAAAAACAUUAUACCUUCCAAGCCAUCGUUCGAUCUGCUUUUCUUUUGCAACUUUCUUUUGAACAGAUGACUAAGUCACGACUUAAAAUUGCUUUUGUUUAUUUUGAUUGUUUAUUGGAUAAUACUUCACCAUACUUGUACUCUAAAGGUGCGUGUCUUUCUGUGACUUUUAUAAUUGUAAAAUUUACAUUCCGUCCAACAGCAUGUGAAAAAUUCAGUUUUCUUAUAAAUACUUUCUGCAAAACAA